CUCAUAAAUGUGUUCAUGUUUUUAUUAAAAAAAUAAUAGUAAACAAAUAACUUAUGUAUUAUUUAUAAGAAAAAUAAUUAAAAUAAGUAAAAUUUCACAGUGAAAAUGUUUAUAAAGAUAUUUAGUAUUUUUCUUCUAUUGACUUUUUUAACAAAACAAGGAGAAAGUAGCCUUUGGUGUUACAAAUGUAACAGUAACAGUGGAGGCUGUGGUGAUAAAUUAAGUUGGUUUUAUUGGUCAGAAAAAUGUCCAGAGCCUGAUGAUAUAUGUGUUAAAAUUGUCGAAAGAAAAGAAGCCGAGGUGGUAAUAACUCGAGAUUGUUUAAGUUCAUUUCGUGGCAUUAGAACUGAUAUUCCAGCUGAUCGUUAUGAGGGUUGUCGUCCAGCUGCAAAAGAUCAAAAACUUGGUCACUAUGUAAAUAAUAGUAUUAUCGAACAAGAUAUACAUCGUAAUUAUUAUGACGAAGUCACAUGGUGUAUGUGUUAUUUUGAUAAUCGAUGUAAUGGAGCAUCGAAUUUUAUUCUCUCAGCCGUUCUUUUUGUUUUGAUGCCAUUUUUCUGGUAUUUUACUACGUGAAAGAAAAAAUUCCCACAAAAUAAUAAUUCAAUUCUUAUUUCGCUUCGGUGUAAAUAAUAUUUGUACAGACAGAAAUUUUCAUUUUAACAAAAAAUUGAUUUUCAGUUUUUUUUUUUUUUUAAUUAUUCUCAAUUAUUCCAUUAAUUGCUUUUUUCCAAAUAGUUAACAUGAAUUUUUCUGUUAAUUAAUUUUUGAAGCAGUUAAUUUCAAAAAUAUUAUAAUUUUUCAAUUUUUGAAAAAAAAUAAUUAUUUUAUAGUCAAUUUCAUGAAUGUAACGAUUUUUUAAUGCAAAAUUCGAAAUUUAGUUUGUAAAUUUUAAAAUGUAUUGUCUGAAAAUUUUUUACAAAUUUUUAUAUUUCAUAACUGUUUUUUUCUUAACAGUUAGAUAAUUUUUAAUAUUGAAAUUUUACUCUAUUUUUGACAAACGAAUUCGUUUAUUUACAACGGUUUUCUUUUUUUUUAUAUAAUUUUUAUGAUCUUAGCGUUAGGUUUUUGAUACAAUUAAAUCCGUCCAAUUUAGAAUAAUGUAGAUUAAAGCCUGAUAUAUUUUUUAUAAAUUACAAAACUUUAUAUAAAAAAAAAAAAAAAAACAUUCCGUUCAAAAAAGCGAGAUUAUUCUACUUUUGUAAUAGUAAUAAUAAUAAUUUUUGUAUAACAAAACAAUCGACAAAAAUAUUUAAAAUAUAAUUAAUUAUAUGCAAAAAAAAAAUGUAUUUAGCGCAGAAUUUCUUAUAUAUUUACAAAAAAAAAUAUCCUUUUUUUUAAUAGAUCUUUUAUUGUCACACGAUUAAGAUAAACUCGAAGAGAGCGUCUUUUUUUCUUUUUCUUUUCACAAAAAAAAAAAGAAAAAAAAGUCGCUAUUUAAUUAUUACAAUUUUUGUACACAAAUUUAUCUUGAUCGAUUUAAUCGAGAAUUGAUUGUAAAGACGAAAAAUAAAGAUAUUAUGCAAAAUGAAAAGUAGUUUUUUUUAAAUCUUUCGCUUAUUACAAAUUUUCUUCAAAAUUCUUCCUUAGAAAAAUGUGUCAAUAUAAUCAAAAUUUUUUUUUUUUAAAAGGGAAAAAUCUACACUUUUUUUCAUAGUAUUUUUAAAAUACAUACAUCAUAAUCCCGGGUCAUGUUUAAAAAAAAUUUUUAUUCUUUUUUUUUGCUAUUCAAUUUUCAGUCACAUUAAAUGUUUCGUGAUUUUUUUUUUUUUUGUUUUUCUCUUAAAUAACUUCAUACAUUGUACAAUCUACAUUAACAUUUCACUUGACAUACAACAUUUUCUCUCAUUCUCUUUUGCUCUCUUUCUUUCUUACAUCACAGUCAUUCAGCUCGUGUCUCUUUGGGGUCUUGGUUAAACUCCACUUUCCUCAGUCUCGUCUUUCUUAUAAAAAAAAAAAAAAAAAAAAAAUUAAAAUCAAAA